ACAUACUCAUGAUCAACCAUUUGUUUUAAUGGUAAAUUUAUGUAGUUGUUCGUAAUACUUAUACCGGUUGACCAAAGUCUUUCUAUGAAUUACUAUUGAACAGGCUAAGAAUAUUUUGCAUCUGUUGAAGACAUGGGUGACUUUGUUACCACCACAGUUAUAGGUGCUGUGAAGGCUAUAGUCUAUCUGUAUGAUUUUGUUUCUCUUCCUGUGUAUUUUCUGCUUCAACACCCAUGGACCAAGUGGAAAAAACAAACUGUUUGGGCCAAGUUUGAAAAAGAAGCUGACCCAUCAAGCUCUAUUGUUAGAAAUUCUACGGAGAAUAAAAGCCUUUUAGCGAACAUAUCCACAGUUGAUGAACUUUUCCAAUUUGCUGUGCAAAGGUAUUCUACAGCGAAAGGAUUUGGUGUUAGAGAAGUUUUUGGAGAAGAGGAGGAAAAACAGAAAGAUGGAAAGAUAUUUAAGAAGUUAAUCCUGGGAGAUUACACCUGGUAUACUUACAACGACAUUGACAAGAUGGUAGAGAAUUUUAGUAAGGGUUUACUGACUCUAGGUUUGGAAUCCAGACAGAAUGCUGUAAUAUUGGCAGAGACUCGUUUAGAAUGGUUUGUAGCUGCCCAAGCUUGUUUUCGAAUUGCAGUUCCAGUGGUGACUCUCUAUGCCACACUGGGAGAAGAAGGAAUUGUACAUGCUAUAAAUGAAACUGGAGCUAGUCUUUUGAUUACUUCACAAGAGCUAAUUCCUAAAAUUCAGAAAGCUUUUUCUCAGCUUCUAAGUAUCAAGAAGGUAAUCUUCAUGGAAGGGCACCGGAAGCCCAGGUUAGAAGCAUUUCCAGAAUCUGUGCAACCUCUUUCUUUCUCAGAGGUAAAGUCCAUGGGAGAAAAUUCUGAAAAAGCCCUUAAUUAUGACACUCCUGCUCCUGAGGAUGUUGCCAUAAUCAUGUAUACUAGUGGAUCAACAGGCACACCCAAAGGUGUGAUGAUUUCACACAAAAACAUAAUCACCACCUGUAAUGGGUUCAUGAAACUUACAGAAGAUAUGAGGCCAGAUGAUCUCUACAUAGCAUACUUACCUCUUGCUCAUGUGUUGGAAAUAGCAGCUGAAUCCUUCUUUCUAGCUGUUGGUGUUCCAUUAGGUUACUCUUCUCCCCUGACAAUGACAGAUAAGUCAACUGCUGUAAAGAAAGGCUGUAAGGGUGAUGCUACAAUCUUGAAGCCAACUCUUAUGUCGGCUGUGCCUCUAAUCUUGGAUAGGAUUCAGAAGGCAAUCACAGAGGCUGUUCAAAAAGAGGGCAAACUCAGUGAAGCAUUCUUUGAAUUUGCAUUGGAGUACAAACACUGUUGGAAAACUCGUGGGUUUCAGACACCUAUUAUGAAUUGGCUUCUAUUCAAAAAAAUCAAGAACAUGGUUGGAGGUCGACUGAGAGCUAUUGCUUCAGGUGGAGCUCCUCUUUCAUCAGGCACACAGGAAUUUAUCAGAACAUGUUUAGAUGUCUAUUUAAUUCAAGGAUAUGGACUUACAGAAACCACAGCAGCAGCAACCAUUAUGGAUUUACAAGAUAUGAGCUCUGGAAGAGUAGGAGCACCUGUUUCUGACUGUUUCAUCCAACUUAAAGACUGGGAAGAAGGAGGUUAUUCUAUAAAUGACAAACCUCAUCCCCGUGGAGAGAUUUUUGUGGGUGGAGGAAGUGUGACCCUAGGCUAUUACAGAAAUGAAGAAUUAACUAAAGAAGCGUUCUUUGAAAAAGAUGGUAUACGUUGGUUUUGUACUGGUGAUAUUGGUGAAAUGUAUCCUGAUGGAACCAUUAAGAUUAUUGAUCGUAAGAAAGAUUUUGUGAAACUCCAGUUUGGGGAAUACAUAUCUUUGGGUAAGGUGGAAUCAGAGCUGAAGAGGCAUCCACUGGUAGAUAAUAUCUGUGUUUAUGGAGAUAGCUUCAAAUCUUAUGUUGUAGCUUUGGUGGUACCCAAUCAAAGACAGCUGCAUCAUUUAGCUAGGUCUUUAGGAAUAGAAGACAUUAGUUUUGAAGAUAUGUGUAUGAACAAAGCCAUUGUUGCAGAGGUUUUAAAAUCUUUAGCAGAGGAAGGUAAAAAAGCUAAGCUACAAAAAAUGGAAAUUCCCCAAAAGAUUAAGUUGUGUUUCGAACAGUGGUCUCCAGAUUCAGGGCUUGUGACAGCUACUUACAAACUCCGUAGGAAGGCUGUACAAGAUUAUUACAGGGAUGAGCUUGCCGACCUCUACAGCUAAAAAUGGAAGGUGUUAAUGUUUUAGAUUUUAUGUUAGAAAUUCUUAAAAUCAGAGAUUAAAAACUGAUCUAAUGAUUGUACUCAGACCAGUGUAGAUGUUCUUAAAAUGUUUAUCAAGCUACAAUGUUACAGCAAAUGUAACAGCAUUUAUGUUACUAAUAUUUCUUAAAAUAUGUUAGUUUACUAAUUGAAUUUUUCAGUAGUUUAGGAACAUUUUCAAAACUAGAAAGUAAUUAUGGGAUUAAAACAUACUGAAGAUGCUCAAGGUAUUAGCUUGAGUAUAUAUUAUUGUCUUUUAUGUUAUGUAGCACAAGUAAGCUUUCUCAUUGUUAAAUUACUAACAAAACACAAGCUUUUGCAUUCUGUGAGAUUCUUAAAUUGUUGUGUUGUUUGUUUUUCAAAGUGUGUAGUACAAAAAGUAAAAAAAAACACACGAAAAAUACUACCAGGAAGUGGUUUUUGAUAUGACUUUGACAGAACUAUAGUAACAUUUACCUUAUUUCAAGCAGAAAAUACAAUUCUUGUGUUGAAGAAAUAAUACAUUGUGUAAAAGAUUAAUCCACAUUGUGAAUAAAUGUAUUUCUAUUAACUUUCUAAACAUAAAUUACAAAAUUUCAAUCUUACAAUACAGAUCUGAUAAUAAAAACAUUGAUUAUUUGUACAAUUUUUAUUAAUGAACUCGGAAAGCUUGUUUUCAGUUCAGUUUAUCAGGAAAGUGAAUGAUUUUUAAUUCCUGAAAAUUGUCAGAAGUAGGGAAAAGGCUGUGUGUACUAAAUCUUUUAAGUCAUAGCUUUCAUAAGAUAAGGUUGAGAAUUGGAACAUCUCACAUAAUGUUUUAUCAAACGUGACACAAAAUGCUAAUUUGUUUUUCCCCCCAUUUUCUUUCUAGAAUAUGUGGUGGUAAUAAACUUUUGAAGAAUAUAUGGAAUGCUACAUUAUUAUAUUCAACCAUUUAAGGUUUUUCUUGAAUAUGAGAGACCAUCCAAAGAAGUGGUUAUAACCUUCACAUAUUGCACACAGAAGAUUUUUAGGUUAUAAAAAUAUCUUCUUCUCCCAUUCAGUGAAACAAGUUUAUUGCUAGUGUAAUAGCCAACAUUACUAAAAGGUGUUAUUGAGGUUCACAGUACAAUUUUCUGAGAAUUUCAAACUAAUUGGAAAUAUUAUACUCUGUUUUGAAUAUGAAUGUGAUUGGAUUGGUGUUGAUUAAAGAGGAAUGGUUUUGGUAUAUAAAUUAUGCAUAGAAAAAUUUGAUUAAAAAUUUCCAUUCAUUUUGUUCAGUUUUAAGUUAGCCAGAAACAUUUUGUUUUUAGUUAUUUUGUUGUUUCAGCUUUAACAUAUAACAAAACUCAUGCUAUUUGUUGUUAAGCUACAUCAAAAUUAUAUUGUAAUCGUCGUAGCUGAUGUAUAACAGUUCUUAAUUAAUUGGAAUUUCAAAAUUUUAGUUUUAAUUUGUUGAUUUUUUUUGUUGUUGUAUCCAGAGAAAGCCUGAUUAUAAUGAUCCUGAAACAGGAUCUGAAAUCUUUUGUUUUAAUAUGUACAAGUAUGAUUAAACUUCUGACAUAUAUAUAUAAGGUCAAAGAUAGUGAAAAAGUAGCAUUAGAAAAAUGUUUCUUUGUUGUAAGUUACUUUGAUAUGGCCUAAUGUUUUAUGAGAUAGUUUUGCUAACUUGUGUCAAUAUUUUGUGGUUUUAGAUGCAUGUUGUUUAAGGUAAUUUCAGAACUUCAAUUUUUUCAAAGCUCGAUGAAAUUCUGUUGCCUUUUUGCAGAUAAAAUUCAUAGAUUAUAGAUCAGACGUAUUGAAACCAAUAUUUCGAAGGUUUUGUUUUUAACAGUUUUAUAAUUGUUUUGAUUAAUAUAUUAAGUUGAUGAAAUUCUAUAUAGCAUUUUGAUUAUCUCAUUAGUUGAAAUAUUAGCAUACCAGUCAGCUCAUUUUUUGUAAUAUUAGCUUAUCAGUUAGCUCAUUGGUUGUAAUAGUAACUUAUUUAGCUCUGAAAUAUUUGAUUUGCUGUGAUAGGAACCUGAAGAGAAGAAAAGUGAAAUAAUAAGCAGUAUAAAAGCAUAUAUCUUGUUAGAUUAUUUAUUUCAAGCUUAUAUAUAUAAAAUGCUCAAAAUUUAUUGGUGUUUGAAAUGAGGUAUCUGAAUAUCACUGUAUGAUACUAAUGAUUAAGUUUACAGGUGUAUGUGUCUGCAUAAAAUCUUCACUGGAUGUAAGAAAAAUGAAAAAUUAUUUAUUGCUUUAUAAAUCUACAGGCUAGUUUAUAUUUUGGCAGCUUUGUCUUCUUAGAGAAAACAAGUUGAAGUUGAUGAAUUUUGGGUGACAGCUGAAAUAUGGUGGAUUUUUUACAUUUCAAACAUCCCGAUUUAUACAGUUUUUAAUGCAAGCUCGUAAGAUGAAAAAUUUCUAAUUUAACUUUAUUGAAGGCCCAACUAUUCUAGUAUUUCAUGUUCUUAAAAAAAAUUAUUUUAACUUUGCUGAAUUUGCAAUUUAUUAUUUUUGCAUUGCUAUUAAAUUGCUCUUAUAACUAUACUCGUGGAUUAAUGUAUUGUAGUCCAUUGGUAAUAUUUUCUGUUAUAAGUAAUUUCAUUUAAUUCUGACACUGAGUAUAAACUUAGACCCUCAAUUGUUUCAUUGCAAUAGGCAGUUAGUAUUGUAUAUAUUUUUUUUUUAACUUGUUCACCAGUCUUCAUCUUCAUUUAUAGUUAGUCAUUGAAAUGUAAUGUAAAUUCUGCCAGUGUGGUGUUGGAAUUUCUUAUUAAAGCAUCUGUGGACAGCUAUGUGUAAACAGAUUUUACAUAUUUCUCUGGCUGAUUUAAGCAUAAUUGAAAUGUUGAUUUAAUGUGUACAAUUUUAAAAAUAUAUUAUAUAGAAAUGCUUUUAUAGUUAAAAUUCAGAGUUUAUAUAAUUGAAGGUGUCAGAAAUGUCUUGUACAUAAAUUAAAAAAAAAUGCUACAUCUCUUAAAAAUGUUUCAGGCAAAUUUUUCUAGUCACAAUAUAGUGUUUAAGAAGAAACUGUAGAAUUUUAUAAAAAUAUUUAACAAAUUUCAUUUAAAUAUUUUUGAGAAAUAUUUCCUCUGGAUGAAAUCAGAAGUGUUUAAACAAAAACAAAAAAACAUUAGAACUUGUAUAUAAACAUUGGAAAAAUUUAGUAGUUAAAGUGAAUAGUGUUUGUAGUUUUGUUUAAACUUUGGCAAUGCUGAAACAAGCGAGGGUGUGUUUUUACUUACAAGUAUAUAUAUGUCACUUUGCAAAUUGACUUUCUAGUUAGAAAUUUAAUCCUAGCUGUAAUGAAGCUAACCUAGGCCUAGUUGUGUUUUAUGAAAGUUCUUAAAACUUUCCCAAUAAAAUAUUUACAAUGAUAAUUAGUAAUCUUCAGUGUUAUUCAAACCAUGAUGAUGAGCAUUUUAAUAUAUUUCAAAUAGAAUGCUCAAGAAGUUGUGAAAGUGGACAUUGUUAUCUACACCAGAGCAGAGAGAGAACUCUAUGUGUAUUGUAAUCUUAAGUUAUCUUUUAUUAUUAAAAAAAACGAUAUUUUUUUUAAUAAAUACAAAUUACAAAGUUGUGUAGCUGAAAUGAUAUCUAGGAACUUUUAAAGAGUUUAUGAAAUUUAAGUGAAAAACAAAACUUUAUUCCUCACUGAUCUUUUGAGGAAACUAAGCUUAUAGAACUUGGAAUGCUUACAAAUGUUUGUGCUGCUCUUAUUUUUGUUGUUCUCCCUCGUGUUAUUCCUGUAGGUUGACAGGCUCCCUUGAUGACAGUUUUCUGUAUAACACUGAUUAGCUAUAAAAUUACACUAAAGUUAAUUAAAAAAACAUACAAGUAUGAAAAAAAAAUCAUCCUUAUGCAUAAUUCUUCUUGUAUUUGAGAUGAUGGUUGGUAGGAAAAAUGUAUUUGAAAGAUAUGUUUGGUAGUGAAAAGAUUUAUAUAUUUUCAUUCAAGAGUUUUUGCCAUAUGGAAAGUUAUCUUAGUUGUGCUGAUCUACUAAUGAUAUGUUUCAUAUAAUUUACAAAGCUUUUGAAUUGCACAAAAAAAGCCAAUUUUUUACGAUGAAGAAAUUUUGCUACACAUUUUUGUACAUUUUGCUCUUAUGUUACAUGAAUGUGGAUUGUAUUUAACUGUAGAGCAAUGACUCAAUUUACAGACUGUUCUACUUUUUUUUUUGUCUGAAGAAGAAUGCAGCUUUGUAUGAUUAGAAUAAAAAAAGUUCUAAAUUUCUUUGCUAUGUCUCCCCAAAAUACCUUUUAUAAGGAUAUUUUGAGUUUCUGGUAAUGACGAAGUAUUUAGAUAUUUUUAGGGUACAAAUGAAAUAUCCAGUUGUAUAUUUUGUCAAGCUCAGUUUAAUUUUUUAAAUAUUUGAGUACUCUUUACACUUAGUUAGUGUUAAUUUUUGACAGUGCUUGAGAAUUAUAUGUCAUUUUGAAAAUAAAACAACUUUUUUAUAUAUUUUUUAUAAGAACUAUAUAUAGUUUGUAAAACACACACCUGAUUAAGAUGCAGCUUAUGUGAGAAAAUGUUAUUGAAUAUUGAACUAUUGGUUGAAAGUGAAUAAAACUCCCAUAUCUAGGUAUGAUAUAAUUAAAAGUAAUGUGUAUUAAGUCUAAUGUUGCGUAGUUGUUGUGUUAAACAUGUAGUAACUGUAUGUUGAAGUCCAUCCUUUAUGACUUUUUUUGUUGUUUUGUUUUUGUAAGCUAAACUUGUCAAACUGAAGGAUGUGCCUUUUGUCAACUACAAAUGUUGGCUUACCUGACAGUGGAAUUUGUCUCAAAUGAAAAUUAUAUGUAUAUAUAAAUCAGUUUAGUAGAAUGUUGUUUUCAUGCAUUGUAAUAUCUGUGGUAUAAUUAAUCUUUGAAAAUUAAAGGUAGUGGAUUUUGUUUUUACUACCUCAUGUUCUGUUCUUGUAGGCAGCACUAUGGUUUCCUUUGUGACUUAAUGCUGUGUAAGGUUGCAUUUGUUAUUGUAAAGAGAUUAACGCAAAUUUUUGUUGAUGUAGUGAAGAUAGGUGCAUUCGUUAAAGAAAUAAAAUUUUGUAUUAAAAUCCAUUAAUGUUUUACAAGUGCUUUAUUUAAAGCCUCUAAUAGCAGAGAACAGGUGUGAAGUGAAACAAAUCUUUCAUUUCUUCCCAUUCAUAUAUAAUAUAUUAUUUCCAAGAACUUUAGUGCUCUUUCAAAGUAAGUGCUGAUUUAGUAUGACAUAUAAUACCUUGAUUCAAGACUUGUUAUAGAUCAAGUAAUUAACUGUGUACAAGUGACUUUUCAUAUGUGGUAAGAAAUGUAUAUUCUGCAAGUCCACUGACAACAAUAAAACUUUUUUUU